UGUCACAGCUGCUGGAACUAAAGCACAGCUACUUUAAGUGUUCUGUAGCAGCGUCAUAAAACAUGCACACAUGAUGAUCGGGUUAUUCCUGUGCAUAUCAGGCUAUGUGUUGAAGGUUAUUGUAGACCCCGAGUUCUGCGUUCAUCUCAAUACUCAAAUAGUGUUAGUCCAUGAGCACACUGUCUCGUGCGUGUCAUUGACGUAUUAUGCCACCGCCUGUAGCUCGCGCGCUUGGUGAUCACCCUACAGGUGUGUCACGAGUAGAGGAGGUGCACUUCCUGUGUAACGCCAUGGCCGCAGAGGAGCUGCAGAGAGUGAGCGUCCUCACUGAGCUCUCAGACCGAGGAUGAUGAGUUCUGUGUUCCUCUCUCACAUUUCCUUCAUUGUGAAUUACUGAUGAAGAUGGCUUAUUGGCAUCCUCUGCUUCCUACAGCCAUACAGGAGUUUGAGGGCCUACAGAGGAAGCAUGAGACAGCAACCAAUGAGUGCAAGAAGUUGGAGGAGGAGAGAGACGAGGCCAUCAAGAAGCUUGAUGAGUUCCAGCAGGUCACUCAGAUGGUCAUUGAAGAGGUCAGUGCCAUUCAGGAGAACCUGGAGAUCGAGAGGACAUGUAGGGAAAGUGCUGAAGCCCUGGCUUUCAAGUUGAACCGUCAGAACCAUUCUCUGAAGAGGAAAAGCAUGAUGUUGCUGUCCCACCUUAGUCCAGAGACCAUCACUGAGAUCAACCUCGAUGAUGAAGAGGAGGAGAGUGAAGAGAUACAUGCAGCUAGCACAGUCUGUCUGUCCCCUCAGUGCAAGACCACCAUCUCAGAACUACAGUGUAAGUUGGAGUUAACACUAAAGGAGAGGAAUCAAGCAGUCACUGAUCUCGAGGCAGUAAGAGAACAACUGAGGGAAACCAAUGAAGAACUGCUGAAAGAGAAACAUGAUAAUACUGUUUUAAUUGCUGAGACAGUGAAGCAAAAGAAGCUCCUGGGGAAAUAUAACAGAGUUUCUCAGUUUGCAGUGGAGGAAUUUGAAGCUCUUCAGGACACCUUGAACCUGGAGAGGGACCUGAGAACAGAGGCAGAGAACUUUGCCAGAGUGAUGCUGGUUGAGCAAAAGCAGCUGAAGAGACAGAGUCAGAUCUUGAAGCAGACCUCCUCACCCAGUGAAGCUCUGCAGGAAGCCCUCAGCCAGGUCAGUGGGCUGACCCAGGAUCUGGAGACACAGAGGCUGGAGCACCAGAACCAGAUGAAGCAGAUGGAGGACAGGCUGAGGAGCUGUGAGACUCAGAGGGCACUGACAGCAUUGAGGCGUAAACUGGAGCUUGUGGAGGAGGAGAGGAGGGAGUACAGUGACAAAUGCUCCAAGACUCAAGUGGAGGUCAAGGAUCUUCGGUUCACAGUUGAGGAGCUCCAGAAGAAGCUGCAGGCAGCUAACAACCCACCCCCAACUCCAGCACCUCCACCUCCACCUCCCCCACCACCUCCACCUCCUUCAGCUCCUCUGGCCUCCAACCCACUCAGUUCACUGUUGGCAUUGAUCCAAAAGAGAAAAGUCAGCAGUACUGAUAUCCCACUGGUGGUCCAAGACUCAGCCAAGACACCAGAAGUGGACAUCAAGCAGCAGGCAGUAGAGGAAAUGAUGCAAAGGAUCAAAAAGGGUGUUCAACUCCGACCUGUCAGACAGUCCCCUAAUAGGACCAGAAGACAGCAGAUGGAAAAGCUGCCCUCUAAUUCUGCCUUAAAGGAACUUAAAGGAAUCAUGGAGAAUUUCAGUAGAACCACCCCUCAGCCAAAGGCAGUGUCUCCGUCAACAAACCACGAUGAGGAGCUGCAGAGGAUCCUGCUGAGACGGCGGGAUGCACUGGAGCCCCAACACAACAGUCUCCCUCCUGUCUUGUCCCCUGCAGUGUGAACGGUGCCACCAGGCUGAGCUCGGCCCUGACAUCACUUUACAUCCAUGUAGUCUGGAUGUGGCCAAUGGAAAAUCACAUAAUGCAAAGUCAUUGUAGAGCCUGUCAUUCCACUGUGUGUAUACACCAUGCUAUUAUAUAUUACUACUGUCAUUAUUGUUACCAUAUCUCCAUUACAGUUUAUAGUUAGUUUAUGAUUUGCUGCUGCUGUGCAUCUGUGUCUCUCUAUCUC